AAUCAGAAUGACUAAAAAAAGGAAACAUCAAGAAGAUUUCCAGAAAGUGAAAUUAAAAGUUGGGAAAAAAAAACCUAGACUAGAGAAUGCAACUGAUACUACCUUCAAAACAAAGGCCAUACAAAUUCCUGAGCAGCUUAAAGAAGAUGGAGUGCUUCCUACGCAAAAUAGAAAGCUUAACAUAAAGGAUCUGCUUUCACAGAUGCAUCACUAUAGUCCUGGGGUUAAGCAUAAUGCACUUCUUGGGCUUAAAGAUCUCCUGUCUCAGUAUCCGUUUGUAAUUGAUGCACAUCUUUCGAAUAUAAUAAGCGAGGUGGCAGCUGUGUUUACAGACAAAGAUUCUGGUGUCAGAGGAGCAGCUGUUCACCUGCUGCAAUUCUUGGCUUCAAAAAUAAGAGCGGAACAGAUUGCUCCAUUUUUUCCUUUGGUAAGUGCCCAUCUCUCCAGUGCCAUGACUCAUAUCAGUGAGGGAAUUCAGGAAGAUUCAUUGAAAGUCUUGGACGUUUUGUUGGAAGCAUAUCCAGCUCUUCUCACAGACCGCAGCAGUAUAUUGUUGAAGAAUUUUGUAGAGCUUAUUUCUCACCAGCAACUGUCAAAAAGAAUGAAAAGCAGAGAGAAACUUUCCUGGAUGCUCUCUGUUAACCCAAAUCGCAGAGUAACUUCUCAGCAGUGGAGGUUGAAUGUACUUACCAGGCUCAAGAAAUUUCUCCAAGCAGUGGUAGAUGGAUCCAGUGAAAUAGAGGAUGAAGGGCUUCAAGAACAAAAGGAUAGCCCUCAUUCUGUGAGGAACCCCGUAUGUAUAAGUUGGAAGGCCCAUGCAAAUAAUCAGCAACACAUACAACUGUUUCAAAAUGGUGGCUUACGACCAAAGAUCAACUCAUCAUUUAGACUGAGGUCUCUCGCAAGCGUAAUGGACAGUGCAGAAAAAGGCCUGUCCUCAGCUGAAAACUUAAAAGGUUUUAUUGAGAUAAUAAUUCCAUUACUGAUUGAGUGCUGGAUUGAAGCAUCUCCUGCACAAUCAGCUCCCAUUCUUGGAAACCUUUUGGAGUCAGAAUCUCAGCAGCUUAUGCAGCAAGUGCUUAGUAUAAUACAUUUAUUGUGGAAACUCACAAAGCGACAUGAUGAAACGUGCAAAAUGGAGCUAUGGCUUCGAAUGAAUUACCUUGUUGAUUUCAAGCAUCACUUCAUGCGUCAUUUUCCUUAUUCUUUACAAGAAACAGUAAAGCACAAAAAGAAAGAUUCAUACAAAGGCAACAAGUAUUGUAUGACAUCCUCUAACAGCGUAGACCAUCUUUUACUGAACUUAACCUUGUGUGACAUAAUGGUUUCACUAGCAAGUACUUCAACACUUCAGAUGGAUUCUGGUUGGCUGGACAUGAUAAGGAAAUUUGUGACAGAUACUCUUCAGGAUGGCAGCAAGCUGAAUAGCAAGCAGGUGAACAGAUUGCUUGGUGUGACUUGGAGACUAAUGCAAAUACAGCAAAACAAAG